CGGCGCGCGCGGGUAGUGUUAGCUCUCGCUCACGGGGGUUAUAUCAGUCAUCGUCGGCGUUGUGCGCGUUCUGUGUGUGGGUUCAUAGGAAAAUUCGACUGAGAGCAGUGAGAGUCAUCUCGCUCGCGUAAUUGAGUGAGAGUGUAGUCGUUGCCGCCACCGUUGGUCUCGACAAUUCGAUCUUAGCGCAGCGCGUGUUCCCUAUCUCCUUUUUUUCUCUUUCGCUCAAUUUUAUUUCAUUUUUACAAACGCACGCUUUGCGUGUUUGACCUACCUACUCCUGUCGUAUUCCCCAAAAACUUGCUAUCGUGUCGCGUCAGUGCCGGCUAUCAACAAUACUCGGUGUGCCACAUCGCUAUCGAGCCGGCUGCAGAAUCAGCAAGGCAACGCUCGUAUCAACAAAAUCAUGGGAAACGUUCACACUUGUGGACCUAAUGAGGCUCUCGUCGUGUCAGGAGGAUGCUGCGGCUCGAUGAAGAAGCGCACGAUCGUCGGCGGCUACGCGUUUACCUGGUGGUUCGUCACGGACGUGCAGCGAUUGUCUCUCGAGGUGAUGACCCUGAAUCCCGUGUGCGAGAGCGUGGAGACGGCUCAGGGCGUGCCGCUGACCGUGACCGGCGUGGCUCAGUGCAAGAUCAUGAAGGCCGACGAGCUGCUGUGCACCGCCAGCGAGCAAUUCCUCGGCAAGAAUGUCCACGAGAUCAAGUCCACCAUACUGUCCACCCUGGAGGGCCAUCUUCGCGCUAUACUGGGUACUCUCUCGGUGGAGGAGGUGUACAAGGACAGGGAUCAGUUCGCCGCACUGGUGCGCGAGGUCGCCGCGCCGGACGUGGGCCGCAUGGGCAUCGAGAUCCUGUCGUUCACCAUUAAGGACGUCUACGACGACGUGCAGUACCUGGCGUCGCUGGGCAAAGCCCAAACGGCCGCGGUCAAGCGGGACGCCGACGUCGGCGUCGCCGAGGCCAACAGGGAUGCUGGAAUCAGGGAAGCCGAGUGCGAGAAAGCUGCCAUGGACAUCAAGUACAACACCGACACGAAAAUCGAGGACAACGCCAGGCUGUAUCAGCUGCAGAAGGCCAACUUCGACCAGGAAGUGAACACGGCGAAAGCAGAGUCGCAGCUGGCCUACGAGCUGCAGGCGGCCAAGAUACGCCAGCGCAUACGAAACGAGGAGAUCCAGAUCGAAGUCGUGGAGAGACGCAAGCAGAUCGAGGUCGAGGAGCAGGAAGUGCGCAGGAAGGAGCACGAGCUCCAGAGUCUCGUCAGGCUGCCCGCCGAGGCCGAGUCCUACAAGAUCAGCAUGGUGUCCGAAGGAAAGAGGGCGCAAACCGUCGAGGGCGCAAAGGCCGACGCUGAGCGUAUCCGGCUGAUAGGGGAGGCCGAAGCUUCGGCGCUCGAGCAGAUUGGGAUCGCCGAGGCCAACCGUAUGACGAUGAAGGCCGCCGUCUACAAGAAGUACGGCGAGGCCGCCAUACUCAACCUCGUCCUCAAUGCAAUGCCAAAGAUCGCAGCAGAGGUGGCAGCGCCACUGGCGAGGACCGAGGAGAUCGUCCUGCUGGGCGGCAACGACGUGACGAGCGGCGAGAUCACGCGCCUCGUCGGCCAGGUGCCACCGGCCGUGCAGGCUCUCACCGGUGUCGAUCUCUCCAAAGUGCUUGGAAAGAUUCCGGGCGCCAAGUAAUUACAGUGAGUGCAGACAACCACGGGCGAAUCAUCGCAUUGGGGGAGAGACUAGCUGACGUUUAACACGACUUUUAGGACUACGGACUAUCGAAUCUCUCUCUCUCUCUUUCUCUCUCUCUCUCUCUCUUAGACUCGAUAUAUAAAUGUCUCUCACAUUCGCGCGUUCUGCCAGUGCAGCGUGAUGAUCAGCGUGUCGUCGCGAUUUUGCAUCCCAAGAGAAAGAGAUACAUGAUUAUACAAGCUCAGCGCAAUGUUUUCGACAAAGGUAACGCUGGAUUUCAAAAGAGGAAAGGUCAGUCGAUCAAGAUGGCGACGAUUGAAAUUACGCUUAGAGUAUAUGGAUUUUAUUAAUUAUAUAGUUUUCGACUGAUUGGCAUUGACUAAACUCUAUAUGCGAGCAAUUUUGCGGUAAAUCAUUAAUUUAAAGUUUCAUUCUUAACGUCUUGUGUACGAAAAAUACUUACCACAAAAAUGAUAUGUUAUCACCAGAUGGGCAUGUGUGUGUGUGUAUAUACAUAUGUUCAUGUACUCUUACUCCAUCAAUCAAACAAUAAGGAAACGUGCACCUAUUACUUCUGUAUGCUAUAGAAUUCUACUUGAUUGGUACUCUAUUCUUUUUUUAUUAUGCUUCAUAUUGUCUAUCUGUCAAAUCAUUGUAAACUGUGAAUGCGCAAAUAUGUAAAUCGACUUUUGCUGAAUAUCUUAAAUCGUCACUACGAAACGUGUAACGUGUUUCAAUUUAGUUUCUUUGAAAUAAGUUACUAUACUCCAAACGAACAACCAUCAAUGUACUAGUGAUUUAGAAUUAGUACACUUUUAAAAGUGAUAAAACUUGAGUACAAAUUUUGAGAAAUAUUGUAAAUCUAUCAUACAAAAAAAUAAACAUUGAUUUACAUAAGUUUGUAGCAUCAUUUAUUUAUAUACUAAUAUUUACAAUAAAAUCACUGCCCUUGAAACAACAUUUCAAUUUCAUACACUGCCUUCGUAGUAGACGAUUUAAAAGCAACUCGACGACAGAACAGGACGAUGUCUAAGUGUAGUGAGACUUGCGAACUAAAGCGAUGAAUGAACUGUGUACUAAUGGAAAAAUAGAAAGUACGUUGAAAUUGUUAGGAUUCAUUAUACGAUCCAAUGAGUCCAUCUAUUUUUGCGAUCAGAAAAUGACAUUUUCUCGAUCACACUUGUGUUCAUCGUAAAUAGAAAAUUUCCAUUUAAAGAAAAGCUUGCCCUCGAAUACAAAUAUGUAUAUACCAGAGUGGAGUGGCAAUUUAUUUAUAUUCAAGCCAGUUUUUUUAUUGAUUGAUUAUUUUUCAAGUCAAAAUUAUUCUUUCCGGUCCCCUAUAAGAAUAGUAAAUAUUUUAUUUUAUAAUAGAAAAAUAUUUGUUUCAAAAAUACUAGAAAACUUGUAUUAAUGAUAAAUAUGUAUAAAGUCGAUAAAAAGCAUAUUUUCUUCUUUAUUAAGGUGAAGUAAAGAUUAUAAAUCGAGAUACGCAAGUCAAUCAAACAGUGUUUCCAAACAUGUACACAUUUACAAAGUAAAACAAAUUUAUAGUCGUAUAGUCAGUCAAAAAGCAGUUCUACAUAAUUUCCUUAGAUAAUCUUCAAUUAUGACAUUUCUCGUCAAGUUAAUCAUGUUUCUUUCGAGAGAAAUUCAACUCUUUCUCAUGUGAGCAUUUCAAUAAAUAAUGAAUAAAUUUAAGCACUGUCACUGUCACCUCAUUAUCUAUAAGUUCAUCGAUAAUACAUUUUUAGUAACGAUAAUUAUUGUUAGCUUAAUUUAAUCCGUACAUUUUCGUAACGAUUGUAAUAAAAGUUAAGUUUUAUUUUUAAAUUGUAAAAUAUCCCUAAAAAUCUGGCUCUUGCUUUGUGCUUCUUAAUGUCGAGAAGAAACGUGAAUUAAAUGACAAGACUUUAGGGAUAAUUAGUAGAUAUUUCAAAAAUGGAUACUCUUUGUCGUAUGGUUUCAUUAUAGAUUUUAACUUUUAGUAUAAGGACUGCUUUUUUGUUUAUUUUAAGAGCUCUUUUAUCUAAAUAACUGUAAAAGUAUCGUGAAAAAAGUUAUGCGGUGUGAUUUAUGGCUCAUGCGGCUGAUUCAAACACUUUGAUCAUUCUAUGAAUUAAAUUUUGUAAGUUUUACACCAAUAGAUUAAUCAGAACAAUUGAAGAGCCUAAUUUAUCAAAGGCUGAUUUUGCUUUCCACACUAUGAAUAUUACAAAGCGUGUCCAUUUUAUAUGUAAAACUACGAUUGUAUAGACAAACAUACAUAUUUCCGCCCAUAAUAUUGAUUGAAACGUAUAUGGAUUUGCACUGUAUGAAUAAUUUGUGUAACGAGGGAAAAUAUUUGAUAGUUAUAAAUUAAGAUGUAUAAGUAUAGGAAUUAUUUGAAUUUUUUUGUUAAUAGAGAAAAAAAUAAGUGCGAUCCCAUUGUUUCUGCAGCGUGCAGUUAUUCUAUGAUUUAGUUAACAAUAAUCUUUAUUUUUUGGAUUAUUUUAUACUCUUGUAAAUAAAUGAUCAGCCUCACUUGCGUGAAAGUGUGCAUUAAAUCAAGCACGAAACAGUUUGUAGUUAUAUGUCUGAUAAUGUUUUAUAGGCUUUUUAAUGAUUGUAAAUGAAAUUCAUUUCAGUAUUUUAAUUUUCUAAUUACAUCAAAGAUAUUCAAAGUAUCAAAGUAUAUAUUAAACUAAGAGAUUAAUAUUUUCAUUGUAUCGAUUGUAUACAAUGCAUUUUUUAGUACUCGUUAAUGAAAAAUCUUUUUAAGUUCGAUAAAUUUUCUGUAUGUGUUCUUUGAAAAUGUACAUUUGCUAAAUGAAUGAAGUAUAAAAGUUUAAAAACUACUUUUUAAAAUAGUGCAUAAAAUAAAAAUAGCCAGUUAUUUGUGCCAAUGCAAUAUAAUUUUGACAUACUGUAACAAGUAUUGUUUUUACUCCAAAAAAAAUGUUCGUUCAUUUGACAGUAUGACAUAUUAAUCAUUUUGAGAAUUUCUUUAUAAAUUACAUCUACUAUAAUCAUUAGAUGAAAUAAGUCAUGGUAUAGGUGAUGUGGGCUAAUUUUUUGACGAAUCUAAUUUACCGGCAUUAUUUUAAUUCCAUUCACAUUAAAAUCCAUCUCGACUCUGAUAUAUUUGUAGUACUCAAAAUUGAAGAUUUUUAGCAAUUUGUAAAAACAAGUAAACCAUCGUGAAAAUCUAUAAUUUACAAAUAUUGUCCAUUAAGAUUAUAAAAAAUAUCUAAGAUACUUCCUUUUAUCGAAAUUGGUAUUCACAUUAUUUUGUAUAACUGACGAGGUGUAAUUAGCAAGUCACUAAAAAAAAUGGUACUUCUUUUUAGAUUCUUGAAAUUACGCGAAACACUUUAAAGUAAUAGUGUAGUUUCAAAAUCUACUGUGGUAAUAUUGAAAAUUCAUUAAAGGAAAUCUCAUACUGUUCAGCCUGACCAAAAAAUGCUUGAUAUGCAUACGAAUAAAAAAAUCUAUGACGACGUAGUUAGCUAUAUGCAAAAUAAUUAGAGAAAAAAAUCUAAUCUUUUGUAAAAGACACGAAGGAAAACUAUGCAGAAAUAUAAUAUAUAUAUAUAUAUAUAUUUUGAAAGUCGUAUAAACUACAAAAUAUUCUGAAACUUAGUUGAAUGACAUUAAAAAAUACUAUCCGUGUGAUAACUUUAAUUUCAAACUGAAAGUUAUGAAAUACACGAUUCUGAAUUAGUGCAUA